GCCGGAUAUUCUACCCUACUGCGGCAAUCCCAUUUCCUCGUAGCUCUGCUCUGCCUUCUUCGUUCCAUUUCACGCAGACGCAAGAAGAAGCUCAAAAGCUCCCAGUGAUUUUGGUUGGCUCCGUUGAGCGCGAGAUCGGAGAGGAGGAACAAGAAGAAGAAGAUGGGGACUCUGGGGAAAGCCAUUUACACCGUUGGAUUUUGGAUCCGUGAGACGGGACAGGCAAUCGAUCGCCUUGGCUGUCGCCUCCAAGGGAGAUAUUUCUUCCAAGAACAGCUGUCUAGACAUCGAACUCUGAUGAACAUAUUUGAUAAGGCUCCUGUGGUUGACAAGGACGUAUUUGUAGCCCCAAGUGCAUCCAUUAUUGGGGACGUUCAAGUGGGAAGUGGAUCAUCUAUUUGGUAUGGAUGUGUUUUAAGAGGUGAUGUGAACAGCAUCAGUGUGGGAUCUGGAACUAACAUACAGGACAACACCCUUGUGCACGUGGCAAAAUCUAAUCUAAGUGGAAAGGUUUUGCCGACCAUCAUUGGCGACAAUGUCACCGUAGGUCAUAGUGCUGUAAUACAUGGCUGCACUAUUGAGGAUGAGGCUUUUGUUGGCAUGGGUGCAACAUUACUUGAUGGCGUCGUUGUUGAGAAGAAUGCCAUGGUAGCUGCUGGAGCUCUUGUGAGGCAGAAUACUAAGAUCCCCUCUGGAGAGGUAUGGGGAGGAAAUCCUGCAAAAUUCCUCCGAAAGCUCACUGAUGAAGAGAUAGCUUUCAUAUCUCAGUCUGCUACCAAUUACUUGAACCUUGCACAGGUUCACGCAGCUGAAAAUGCAAAGCCUUUCGAUGAAAUCGAGUUUGAGAAAGUGCUUCGCAAGAAGUUCGCUCGCAGGGAUGAGGAAUAUGACUCGAUGCUUGGUGUUGUCCGUGAAACACCCCCCGAACUCAUCCUUCCCGAUAACGUCUUACCCGAUAAAGAUCCCAAGCCUCUGCAGAAAUAAACCCCCUUUAUUCAAUCUUGAGUUUAGCUGAGGAGUAUUUGGCAUCACAUGCAAAAAUACAUUGUAAAAGAGUUUGUGUACUUUCACAAUAAUAUCGGAUCAUCUUCUACGGCAGAAUCAUGGCUUCCAUUUUGGCCGUUGGGACUAUUCUUCCGGCAGCUUUUUAGAAAUGGUUUUACUGCUCAGGAUGAAAACUGACUUCAUAAAGUAGAAUGUAAGUUUGUUCAUCUGUAUUUGAAGGUCAAAAUUUUCCUUUCCCAAUCAUUUUGCUGAUGUUAAAAAAUGACUCCUACAGUGGUGUGGAAGCUGCUGAGGACUGCUAUCUACUCUGUUUGUUCAAGUCCUUGGAUUCUUUGAUCAUUUUUACAUUAUAAAUUGGGAGUCUGAAUAUUUGGUACCA